UUCAGGGACCACCUCCUCCAAUGACGCCCACAUCUGCGGGUGGUCUUCCUUGUUUAUGAAUCAGACAUUGUCUUGCGAUAAUACAAUCUGUUCGGCACUAGUUUGCUUUUGGAAAUAUGAUGUCACAGGUGGCUGAAUAAGGAGGAACUCGUCAACCACAUCGACCGAGUGAAAAUAUGGAGACCCUUAUCCCCAUCAUCAACCGGCUGCAAGAGGUCUUCCUGACAGUUGGCACUGAUGUCAUCCAGCUCCCUCAGAUAGUGGUGGUGGGAUCACAGAGCAGUGGAAAGAGCUCUGUGUUGGAGAGCCUGGUCGGUAGGGACUUCCUGCCCCGGGGGUCCGGGAUCGUGACGAGGCGGCCCCUGGUGCUGCAGCUGAUUAACGUGGCCCCGCUGGAGCAGAGGAGGCAGGCUGAGCACGAAAAUGGGAUUAAACAAAGUUCUCAGGACAGCUAUCCAGGUGUCAAGGCUGAGGAAUGGGGAACAUUCCUGCACUGCAAGGGCCAGGUCUUUGCAGAUUUCGCCGAAAUUCGUAGCGAAAUUGAAAAGGAGACUGAACGAAGCUCAGGUGACAAUAAGGGAAUCAGUCCUGAACCCAUCCAUUUGAAAAUCUUCUCGCCCAAAGUCCUGAAUCUGACGUUGGUCGAUUUACCCGGUAUAACUAAGGUCCCUGUAGGAGACCAACCGGAAGACAUUGAAGCUCAGGUGUACGAGAUGAUCCAGUCCUUCAUCUCCAACCCCAACUCCCUCAUCCUUGCCGUGUCGCCCGCCAACUCUGACCUGGCCACGUCGGAGGCCCUGAAGCUGGCCCGCGACGUGGACCCAGAAGGCCGCCGGACGCUGCUGGUGGUCAGCAAGCUGGACCUGAUGGACGCCGGGACGGACGCCCUGGAGGUCCUGCUGGGACGGGUCAUCCCCGUCAGGCUGGGCAUCAUCGGGGUCGUAAACAGGAGCCAACAUGACAUCAACACCCAGAAGAGCCUGGAGGACUCCCUGCGGGGUGAGCAGGCCUUCCUGCAGCGGCACUACCCUUCACUGGCCGCCCGCUGCGGCUCGCGCUACCUGGCCCGCACGCUGAGCCGGCUGCUGAUGCACCACAUCCGCGACUGCCUGCCGGAGCUGAAGAGCCGCGUGACGGCGCUGAGCGGGCAGUACCAGGCGCGGCUCAGUGGCUACGGCCAGCCGGUGGAGGACCACAGCGCCACCCUGCUGCAGAUCGUCACCAAGUUCGCCAGUGACUACUGCAACACCAUCGAGGGCACGCCGCGCUACAUCCAGACCACCGAGCUCUGUGGGGGAGCUCGCAUCUGCUACAUCUUCCAUGAGACCUUCGGCCGGACGCUGCAGUCAAUCGACCCCCUUGGGGGCUUGACUGAGCUGGACAUCCUCACCGCCAUCCGCAACGCCACCGGUCCGCGGCCAGCGCUCUUCGUGCCUGAGAUCUCCUUUGAGCUGCUGGUGAAGCGACAGAUCAAGAGGCUGGAGGAGCCCAGCCUGCGCUGCGUGGAGCUGGUCCACGAGGAGCUGCAGAGGAUCAUCCAGCACUGCUCCUCCUACAGCACACAGGAGCUGCUGCGUUUCCCCAAGCUGCACGACUCCAUCGUGGAGGUGGUGACGGCCCUGCUGAGGAAGCGCCUGCCCGUCACUAAUGAAAUGGUCCAUCACUUGGUUGCCAUAGAGCUGGCGUACAUCAACACCAAGCACCCUGACUUUAGCGACGCCGCGCAGGUCUCCGCCUCCGUCAACAGUCAGCAGGCCGAGGGUCUUGACGGAGGCAAGCGCUGGAAGAACGACCGGGCGGUGGAGGAGAGAGCCCCUUCCUCCGGGUUUGGCAGCCCCAGUAAGGGCCAAGCUAUUAACCUCCUAGACACGGCCCUGCCCCCCUCCCGCAGGCUGACCACCAGGGAACAGAGGGACUGUGAGGUCAUCCAGCGAUUGAUCAAGUCCUACUUUCUCAUCGUGCGCAAAAGCAUCCAAGACAGCGUGCCCAAGGCGGUGAUGCACUUCCUGGUGAACUUUGUGAAGGAGCGUCUGCAGAGCGAGCUGGUGGGACAGCUCUACAAGCAGACCCUGAUGCACCAGCUGCUGGUGGAGUCCGCCGACACGGCCCAGCAGCGGGACGAGGUGGCCCACAUGCUGGAGGCACUUCAAAAAGCCAACAACAUCAUCUCUGAAAUCCGGGAAACACAUCUGUGGUAGCCCUCAGGAGACUGUGUGUGUGUGUGUGUGUGUGUGUGUGUGUGUGUGUGUGUGUGUGUGUGUGUGUGUGUGUGUGUGUGUGUGUGUGUGUGUGUGUGUGUGUGUGUGUGUGUGUGUGUGUGUAUGUUCUGUCAUGGACUAAUGGCCGAUGCGCGUACAGAGUUUAUGUUUCCCUCCUGCCAGCUGUUGCCGGGUCCUCUUGUCACACGGUGGAUUCCUUGUUGUCAUGGAGACCCUCAGUAACGAGGCGCUGCCCUGUGCCGCCGUCUCUUGUUCUGAGGAGUCUUUCAUUAUGCUGCCAAAAGCCCAAAUAAUUUGUGCGUUCCGAGGAUGACCCUCUGAGGACGUCGCUAGCGAUGUCGCGUUAAUUACGGAGUGGGGGAAUCAUCCCUGUGUCGGGUCGGAGGAGAUCAGUGUCAGAAAGAGUGUGCAGCUAAAUGUUUCUUUAUUGGAGGUGCUUGGGAUCAUGAUGUCUUCUGGACGGAGACUUGGGGAGAACGCCCCAGAGAGAGAGCAGCGCGGUACCAGCCGCUCCCCGAGGGACUGGAAGGAAGACUGCCGCAAUCGAUUUCUGUCAUCAGUUGUCCGCCAAGGAGCGACCCAGCGAGAGACUCUCUGAGCCCUGUCAUUACAACCCAAAUCAGGUUUCUUCUUCCCCACUUGUCUGAAUAUCCUCCGUCUCUGGUCCGCCAGUGUCGCAUUGUCCUCGCAGAUUAUUGCGCAGCCUAAUAUUUGAACGAGGUGAUUAAACUCGCCCACGGGGGUAAUGUGUGUGUGUGUGUGUGUGUGUGUGUGUGUGUGUGUGUGUGUGUGUGUGUGUGUGUGUGUGUGUGUGUGUGUGUGUGUGUGUGUGUGUGUGUGUGUGUGUGUGUGUGUGUGUGUGCCUGCCAGUCUGCUCACAAGCAGGAAUUAAAAGUGGUAUGAUGGUAGUGGGUAACUUGCACAUAAAAAGCAAUUCUAUUACAGGAGUGAUACUCGGGUGUGUGUGUGUGUGUGUGUGUGUGUG